CCCAUCCACACUUUCAAUCUCCCAUUUGCUUCCUCCACACAAGCACACGAAAAUAUUCCCACUUUUACAAGUGACUCCGUCAAUCGCCCCCGUCUAUUCUAUCCCAAAUCAAGGUUACAGAUAUCCACACCAUUAAACAUGCCUCCCAAAGCUGCCGCCGCUAAGACUGGAACCACCAAGAAGAGUUCCAGCGUUUCCGAACAUCCUCCUUAUAAGGAGAUGAUCAAGGAGUCUAUCCGAGCUCUUAAAGAACGCAACGGAUCUAGUCGUCCUGCUCUCAAGAAAUACAUUCAGGCCAACUACAAGGGUGUUGCCACCGAUCGUUUCGACCAACUCUUCAACCAGGCAUUGAAGAAGGGUGCCGAGAACAAUGAAUUCGCUUUCCCUAAGGGUCCCUCUGGCACUGUCAAGCUUGUAAAGAAGGAACCCGCUCCCAAGCCUAAGCCUACCGCUAAGGACACCGCCAAGAAAACUGCCGCUGCCAAGGAAUCCACCAAGAAGACUGCCAAGAAACCUGCCGCGAAGAAGGCUGCUGCUCCAAAGAAGGAGAAGGUUGUCAAGGAGAAGGAACCCGCUCCCAAGAAGGAGAAGGCCGCUGCGAAGGAGCCUGCCAAGCCCAAGUCCAAUGCAAAGAAGCCAAGAAAGACGGCCGCCGCUGCUGCCCCUGCCGUGACUGAGAAGUCCCCUGUCCUCACCAAGACCAAGUCUGGUCGCGUCUCUAAGGGAUCCGCGACUACCACAAAGGCCGCACCCAAGAAGAAGGCCGCUGCACCCAAGAAGAAAGCAACCCCAAAGAAGAAGGAAGCCCCUGCAGCUGAAGCAUAAGCUUCACGCUUCGAAACAAAUUCCUACUUUCUUGUAAAUCUUCGUCUUUUAUAACCAGAGUGUAGCUGCAUGUUCGCCUUGUUCAAUUAUGCUCUGUUGGGGGAGGUGUUUAUUUCAUGAUUUGCUACGGUUCUUUUCUAUCACUGUUUUCUACACUUGGGGAAUAAUGCAAGGGUUUUGUUCUUUGUCCAUUGGGGGGGGUAAAUCGCUUUCUCUCUUUCGGUUCCCGUCGUAUUAGGUCUUAUCGGGGUUUUCCCGUUCUGGACAGUUUUUCUUUUUUCUUUUCCUUUCGGGUGCUUGGGAAUUUUUAUUUUGUUUCCACGUGUAUUGUUCGUUGUAUGCUGGGGUUAUUGUUGUCCAAUCGGUUUUUAUCAUUACUUUUGAUUUUCUCUUGAACUGGAAGAGUGAGUUCUUUGGAGCUACUGGCACCACUCUUGUACCUCAUUCGUUAUCGUAUAGAAUUCUUUUUCGUCAUGAGUAAAAAA